CCUCAAUAUUGUUAAUUUUCUUGUCUGUUUUCUGGAAUUUUAAUGCAAGCAACGCAAGAUCUGAAGGGGGUUUGGGGUUUAGCGUGAAACUCAUGCACAAAGACUCACCUCUUUCCCCGUUCUACCAACCAUCUGUCAUGUCCGAAGAUCGCUUCAGGGCCAUGAUUGGGCGUUCUAUAUCUCGAGCUCGUUACAUUUCAUCCAUCAUCUCCGGCACUAGUUAUAGUGAUGAUGAUAGUGAUCAUGGUUAUAGCGGUGGUGGUGGUGGUGGUGUAUACACUAGCAUUGCUUCUUCACCAUCAUCAUCAGGAGAACCAUCAGCAGCACCAUCAUCAGCACCAGGACCCUCAAGUAAUGGACAGUCAAAAGUGAUCCCAAACGAUGGCGACUAUCUGAUGGAGUUGGGGAUCGGCACACCACCAGUCAAGAUCGUGGCCAUCGCUGACACAGGAAGUGACCUGGUAUGGAUCCAGUGCAAGCCAUGCGACAGCUGCUAUAAUCAAACAGAUCCCAUCUUUGAUUCCACCAAAUCAUCUACCUUCGACAACUCAGUUUCAUGCAACGAUACCAUUUGUCUUGCAAUACUACCAUCCUCGUCCUGUGGCGAUAAUCUCCUAUGCGAGUACAUGUACGGCUAUGGCGGUGGUUCUAUAACUUUUGGGAACCUCGCCAGGGAGACAUUCACCUUCUCUUCUGGUUCAAACAAUGCCUCCUCCUCCAUCCCAGGUAUCGGCUUCGGCUGCUCUCAUAGCAGCGAGGGCCAAUUCACGCCGAAUGUAGACGGGCUAAUCGGUCUGGGAGGUGGAGCUGCGUCACUAGUGAGGCAGUUGGACUCCUCCAUUCAUGGAAAGUUCUCUUACUGUUUGGUUCCAUACGCCGAGAACACUACUUCAAUUCUCAACAUGGGUGAUAAAGCAGUUGUCAAUGGCCCUGGCGUGGUCACCAUUCCCAUGACCUCUGGUAAUUAUACUUUCUACAUGAUCUCUCUCAACUCCAUCACUAUUGGGAACGAUACCAUCCCUUACACACCUGAUGAUACUACAAAUAUUAUAGUUGACUCUGGCACGACCAUCACUUACAUACCAGAUUUCGCGUUGACCAAAGUGAUAGACGCCGUUUCCAAAACCAUUAAUCUUAACAAAACUAAGGAUCCUCAGAACUACCUUUCACUUUGUUACUCCCAUUCUGUUAAAGAUCCUCCCUAUCCCUUCCCCAACAUCACUUUCAACUUCGAUAACCAGCUCGGCCAUGAUCAGGUGUCUGUCGUUCUCACUGCCACGCAGACCUUCAUCCAGUCCACAGAUGAUGUAAUAUGUUUGGCCAUGGACUACUCUGGCAAAUCCGAUAAUAUUGCCAUUUUCGGCAACGUAGCGCAGCAGAACAUGCACGUUGGCUAUGAUCUCCACGCUAAUGUGAUUUCCAUGGCUCCUGCUGACUGUUCCAAAUUAAGUUCUAGCUAGCUAGAACACUACGUCAUUACCCUAGCUACUU